AAAAAAACGACACUGCAUCAAAUCAAAAGUACCCUGGGGUUUGGAGGGUGAGGCAAGGCAAAAAUGAGAGACUCCGCCGUCGACCUUAUAAUUAGGACACCCACCCGCACUGCUUUGCCAUUUUUUAAGAGAGAUUUUUAGAGAGAGAAAAUCACCACAACCAAAAACACGAGAUUGGAGAGAGAAUAUCUUCAUUUUAGAUCUAUCUAUAUCUUCGUUUUCAGAUUUUUUCGCUUUUAUCUGAUCUCUCUUUUUCCUACCCAUCCAAAUAUUAGGGUUUCUGCGUUUUUCCCCCCUUUUUCAGGCAUUUUUGUUGGAGAGGAGUUUGUUGAACGAAAUUUGGUAUCAUGAGAACUUCAUGGGCUGAUUCCGUAGCGGCAGCAGAGAAUGAGAAUGGAGCUAGCGGUACGACUAGGCCAACUAAGGCUACCUAUGUACCACCACAUCUUCGUAACAGGCCUCCAUCAGCGGACUCGUCUGCUGGCCCACCGCAGGUUGCACCACCUCAGGUUAAUGAUAAGCCUGUUCUAGGUGCUCCUCCUGCUGCGGCCCGAUGGGCUGGUGGUUCUAGACCUGAUAUGGGUCGUGGCGGAGGCGGUGGAGUUGGCUAUGGUGGUGGUCGUGGAGGUGGAGUUGGAUGGAAUAACAGGGGUGGGGGUUGGGACCGUGGGAGGGACAGGGAGGUAAAUCCUUUUGCUAAUGAUGUUGACGAUGAACCAGAAGAGGCAUUUGGUGAGCAGGAGAAUUCCGGCAUCAACUUUGAUGCUUAUGAUGAUAUCCCUGUGGAGACUAGCGGGGACAAUGUGCCACCCCCUGUAAAUACCUUUGCCGACAUAGACCUUGGAAAUGAGCUGAAUGCAAACAUAAGAAGAUGCAAAUAUGUGAAACCUACACCAGUUCAGCGCUAUGCUAUCCCAAUUUCCCUUGCUGGACGGGAUUUGAUGGCUUGCGCUCAGACUGGUUCUGGAAAAACUGCAGCUUUCUGCUUUCCAAUUAUUAGUGGUAUAAUGAAGAGUCCGCAGCCUCCUCCAAAGCCUCGAUCUCGAGCUGCCUUUCCACUUGCCCUUAUCCUAUCCCCAACUAGGGAGUUGUCAGUGCAGAUAAAUGAGGAAGCUCGAAAAUUUGCAUACCAAACUGGUGUCAGGGUGGUGGUUGCUUAUGGAGGAGCUCCAAUCAGCCAACAGUUGCGAGAGCUUGAAAGAGGAGUUGAUAUUCUUGUUGCAACUCCCGGAAGACUGGUAGACUUGCUAGAGAGGGCUAGAGUGUCACUUGAAAAUAUUAGAUACCUGGCACUUGAUGAGGCCGAUAGAAUGCUGGAUAUGGGUUUUGAGCCCCAAAUUAGAAAGAUUGUUGAACAGACUCAGAUGCCAGAUCGAGGCCUCAGACAGACAAUGCUGUUCAGUGCAACUUUCCCAAAGGAAAUACAGAGGCUGGCAUCUGAUUUUCUAGCCAAUUACAUUUUCCUGGCUGUUGGAAGAGUGGGGUCGAGCACUGAUUUGAUAGUUCAAAGGGUUGAGUUUGUGCAUGAGUCUGACAAGAGGAGCCACUUGAUGGACCUUAUUCACGCACAAAGAGCAAAUGGAGUACAUGGGAAGCAAGCAUUGACACUUGUUUUUGUGGAGACCAAGAAAGGUGCCGAUGCGUUGGAGCACUGGUUGGGUAUGAAUGGGUUUCCAGCAACUAGUAUACAUGGAGAUCGAACACAACAGGAAAGAGAACUUGCGUUAAGGUCAUUUAAAACUGGAAAUACACCUAUCCUGGUUGCAACUGAUGUGGCAGCUCGAGGUCUGGAUAUACCUCAUGUUGCGCAUGUGAUCAACUUUGAUCUCCCAAAUGACAUAGACGAUUACGUCCAUCGGAUAGGGCGAACAGGGAGAGCCGGGAAAAGUGGACUGGCAACAGCCUUUUUCAAUGAAAAUAAUCAGUCGCUAGCUAGACCGCUUGCUGAGCUGAUGCAAGAAGCGAACCAGGAAGUUCCAGAAUGGCUGGUACGUUAUGCAUCACGUGCAUCCUAUGGCGGAGGAAGAAACAGGCGAUCUGGGGGUGGGCGCUUUGGAGGUCGUGACUUUAGGAGGGAUGGUGGCUUCAACAGAGGUGGUGGUGGAGGCUCUGAUUAUUAUGGUGGGAGCAACAGUGGAGGGAGUCAUUAUGCAGGUGGAGGUGGAGGUGGAGGUGGUUAUAAUCCUGGUGCAUCUAGUGCCUGGGAUUAGCCUUUCACUUUCACUUUAGCUGUAUCAGUGUCAGAAUUCUCUCUCACCUCCUGGUAUAUACGCAUGAUUUUGUGGUAAUUUGUUCUUGUGUCCGGGAAUUGAAAUAUUAGGCUUGGGGGCGUCAAGCUUUCAGUGGGUUUUUUACAACCCCAAAUUUUAGUCUGUCAGAGUUAGAUGUGUGAUAUUCACUUAGGGAUUGUUAUACACUAACAUCUUAGGCUAUAGCUGGUUCAUGCCAUCAAGCUUAGGGCUUUCCUUCCAUUUCUUGUAAUGUUCUUGCUGGGGCUGUCUCGUUCGGUUGGAUAUAUAUGGGAGGUGAAAAUAUCAGGAAACUACUGCUUUUUUGCCGUUGCUUCUCUAUUGCCCACUAUUUGCUUCAGCUUCGUCACCUUUUUUUUUUCCUUGUUAGUUUUCAGUAUGGAAAAUUACUACUCCACUAUUGUAUAAAUUCGAGCAGGAAAUAAAAUGCCUGAUGUUUUUCUGCAGAA